UUCGGUGGAACGAAACCUCUGGGGGCGCUACUUUUCACUUCCCUACUCCCUAUGCACUCAUAAUCUCUAUCUCUUUUGGACAUACGCAUAAAGUGAGAAAGCAGCCACAUGCUUGCCACCAUGAGUUAGAUUGACUCAACAUGAAGGAGAGACAAGGACUCUGGUUGACGAUUGCAAUUUUGUUAACAGGCCAAAUGGCUGUUGCUGGAGGUCCUGUUUCUUCCUGGGCAGUUCUGAAGGGCCUGGAACUAGCCUACCUCAACGAUAGAGUUGCAUUUUCCUGUGAGGUCCUAGGUUCACCUAUGUCAGCCACCUACCAGAUCAUGAAGAUGAAAGAUAUCCCAGUUACCACAAAGAAACAUGUAUCUGCAGGUCAACCACUCAAAUUGAACUUCAAGGUCACUAAUACCUCAGCCGGAGCAUACUACUGCAAAGUGACAGUACAAGGAAAGUCAAGUACCAGCAACAUUCUAAACCUGAAAGUAGUGAUUCCAGUCUCAGGUGUCAGCCUACGGUCUGUGCCCAAUCCUCCUACAGUGAUUGAGGGAUCCUCACUGACUCUUUACUGUGAAGUUCAGAAGGGCUCUCACCUCUCCUACACCUGGUAUCACAACAGACUGGAAGUGACAGCUUCCUCACACAUGUAUCACCUUUCUGGCAACUUACUUAAAGUGGACAAGCUGACGAAGUGGCAUGCUGGGAGUUACUACUGCUCUGCACGGAAUGAUAUAGGAGUUAACACUCGCACGUCCAUUAGCGGUGAAAUACAUGUCACAGUCCAAGUCAACAUUUCUGCACCAAAGCUGUCAAUCACACUCUUCAGAGAGAACGCUAGUUACUAUGCCAACUUGACUUGUGAGUCAGCUGAGGGCAGUGUUCCAGUCACAUUCCUGUUAUUGCUGGAGGGGCAGGAGUAUGAUCGGCAGGUCGCCAACUCCCUGUCUGUGUGGUUCACUCGGCCAAUGAUGGUAGGAAUGGACAUGGUCUCAGUACAUUGCAGGGCGGAGACAAGUCACCAACAACUGACCAGCAACCUUCUCAAUCUAGAAAUGGCUCCUGUAGGAGGUCCUGUGUAUCUGCACACGGAAUACUUAUACAAUACUAACUGGCAAGUAGUAGCUAUUCGAUUACAUUGUGACAUCAACAGAGGUACCUUUCCCUCCAUCUCUUGGCUCCACAACAACUCCCUGCUGCAUCAGAGCGACUGCUCUAAAAUCCCAGAUGACAAGUGCCAUGUCCUCUUCCUGACUGAUGUCACACCAGUGAAUUUUGGGCAUUACCAGUGCCUUGUUAAGGACAGCUUCAACAUCAGUGCACCUUGGGUGCAGAGUGACAUUGUCCUUGUGGAGUCAAUAGAUCUCCCUACAAUUACAACUGAGGUCAUAGCCGUUGUGUUCUGCUGCACCUUGCUGAUUUUCAUGAUGGGAAGCCUGUUCUGCAUAUUUUGGAUGUUUAACUGUCCAGUCUUGCAAUCAGAAAGUGGUACCAUACCUGAACGGCACAGUGAUGCAAUGGCCAUGCCAUCAUUACCAUUGAGAGCUGAGAAUAUGGAAGACAUUAUGGCCAAUGAAGAAAUGGAACUUUGCUUCGAACUGCAGUAGUACACUGUUGGAUGUUUAUCAAGAACAGCACUUUUGUCCAACACAGUGUUAUCUCAUCAUCAGCUGCAGUCCUGAGGCUGUAAUGUAGCAGUGGAAACUGCACAGAUGGAUUCAAAAGGCUGCUGAGGAAUACAGUUUGAACAUAAGCACAGAGCAGUCUUCCCGGACAUCCCGGAAAAUUUGCAUCUCACAAAUCAUCACCACCCCAUUUUGAUUUCUGUGUUGCUAAGUACAGUAUGACAUUCCCACUUAUUGGAAGACUGAUGGAUUUUGUGCUAAACAGGCAACAAAGUCAGACAGCAUUAAUAUCGAAGUAAAAUAUAAUAAUGCAGAAAUUAAAAGCAUGAUUAAAGCUGAAAAUAAGAGUUUAAGAAGAUACAGGUGGACAUCUGUAUAAAAUACAAAAUAAUGUUGGUUGGAGCAGGAAUACCAGCAGAGGCAAGCAGGAGGAGGAUUGUCUCAAAAAUGAGGUACAGGACCGAACAGCACAUUAGUUCUAAUCAGGAAACAUGCGGAUGGUAGCUGUGAGUGCGGUAAUCCAGAAACCAUAGAACAUGUUAUAGAGCAGUGUUCUACUGUAAGUACAAUCAGGAAUGACAAACACUUAGAGAACAACUAGCAGAAGUAAAGAUAAAUCUGAAUAUUGCAGGGAAAUUCUGGAGAACAGUGUUUAGAAGUAUUUUUUAUUACUUGAAAACAGAGUUAUUCCAUAAAGUUCAGUGUUGUAGAAUUCAGACCCACACUCCUAUUCAGAAGGUGGUGGUAAUGCACAAGCUGUUUGCCAACCGCCCAAAAGCAAGAGGACAUUCGGUCAUUAGUCGUACCGUGUUGUUGUUCUCGUGGUUUGUUCAAGAAACAAGUAGAGAUUCUAUUAUAUUAAUAAGUUUGCCUUGCCUCACCUCGCCUCGCCCUGCGUUUGGCUCCGGCUCUCCCUGCAAACCAUGACAGUUAAUGUGUAUAAUAAUAUGUCCGUGCAAUGCCUUUUUAAUUCAAAUUCUCAAACGUUUCUAUGGCUGGUCUAACAACUAUUAACUGUUGUAUUAUCAUUUAAUAAUAGGAAGUUCAUGCAUUAAUUUCUUCAUUUAAAAUGCAUCCUAAUUUAAAAAGUUGAUAAAGGUAAUUUAAUACCAAUGGUACAUAGCUAUUUAUCAUCAGCAUAGCAUGAACAUUUCCCAGCUUCCACCGUUGUGCCCUUGAGCAAGGCACUUAGCCCCUAGUUGCUUCGGGAAUAUUGGCCCUUAUUAUACAAUUGACAUCUUGUGUGAAUCGCUUUGGAUAAAAAGCUAAAUGAAUAAACAUAAAUGUAUCCAUU